UAUUCACUAAGAAUCAAACGCUAGAAAACGGACUGAAACACUUUUCACAUUUUGAAACCGUAACUGUUACCCGCGCGAUCAACCAACUGUGGUCCACCAAACAGCCAACAAAGAUUAGAGUCACUUCUAAUUGUAUUCCAGUUUCCAAAGAAAGUAACGUUGGCGCUGAACAUGGUCUGAACCUUGUAGAAGAAAUUGUCGUUUUCCGGUGCCAACAAUGACGUAGGAUCUAAGAAACCAUCAUCAAACCAGGAACUUUUAUUUGUUCACCGUAGAUCUAAAUAAUUCACAAAUCCGUGUCAAAAGACCACAGUUCACAUCUUAGCUACGGAGGGGCUAGAAUGGACACCUCUGGGUAUGGCAACGAUAAUUAUGAAAGUCUUCACAACGCGGCUAGUGAUGAUGAGCUGGUUGAUAUUAUUGCUGGAGCCACGCUCGAUUUUUCCAUCACCGACGACGUGCCUCCUUUAGACCCGGAAUACAGCUUAGGUCAUGACGCCUACACUAACGGUAAGACCGGUAACACUAAGCUGAUGGACUUACUAGAUGAGCCGGUACCGGGAGUAGGAACGUACGAAGAUUUCAACACCAUCGACUGGGUCAGAGAAAAGAGCAAGGACCGGGACCGCCACAGGGAGAUCACCAGUAAGAGCAAGCUGUCUACCCCUGCCCUGCUUGAGAGUAUCAGCGAUGCUUUCUCUGGCUGGCUGCUCAUGCUGCUCAUUGGGCUCUGGUCAGGUGCUCUAGCUGGCGGUAUCGACAUCUUGGCCCACUGGUUGACAGACCUGAAAGAAGGUUUGUGUCUGAGCGGGUUCUGGUAUGACCAUGAACACUGUUGCUGGGGGUCCAACGAAACCACCUUCCAGGAGAGAGACAAGUGCCCAGAGUGGCAGAGCUGGGCCGAACUACUAGGUGGCAGCUCAGUGGGGGCAUCAGCGUACAUAGUGGACUACCUGAUGUUCAUAAUUUGGGCACUACUGUUCGCGUUCCUGGCUGUGAUACUGGUCCGGGCCUUUGCUCCUUAUGCCUGUGGAUCCGGAAUACCGGAGAUAAAGACUAUCCUCUCUGGAUUCAUUAUUCGUGGUUACCUGGGGAAAUGGACCCUGAUCAUUAAGACUGUCACGCUGGUCCUGGCAGUUUCUUCUGGGCUAAGUCUGGGCAAGGAGGGACCUCUGGUGCAUGUGGCAUGUUGCUGUGCUAACAUCUUGUGUCACCUAUUCACCAAGUACCGCAAGAAUGAGGCCAAGCGACGAGAGGUGUUGUCUGCAGCCGCAGCAGUUGGUGUGUCUGUUGCCUUCGGCGCACCCAUCGGAGGCGUUCUCUUCAGCCUGGAGGAGGUCAGCUACUACUUCCCUCUUAAGACUCUGUGGAGGUCAUUCUUUGCUGCAUUGGUGGCAGCCUUCACUCUUCGCUCAAUCAACCCCUUUGGUAACAGCCGGUUGGUGCUAUUUUAUGUAGAGUUCCACACUCCCUGGCACAUGGUGGAACUGGUCCCAUUUGUCCUGCUGGGUAUAUUCGGUGGCCUCUGGGGGGCAAUCUUCAUCAGGGCCAACAUUGCAUGGUGCCGAAGACGAAAGAACACCUGUCUGGGGCGCUACCCAGUGCUAGAGGUCCUGGUUGUAACUGGAGCUACAGCCCUCCUCUCCUUCCCAAACAGCUACACCAGGAUGAGCGGCUCGGAGCUGAUCUCAGAACUUUUCAAUGACUGCUCUCUGCUGGAUUCAUCACAGCUAUGUGGGUACAUUAGCAGCCCCGACAACAGGUCUGAUUCAGGACUGUUAAGUGCUACAUCUGAUAGGCCGUUGGGCCCAACAGCGUACAGCAACACAAUCCCUGAUAGGCCGGCUGGGCCGGAUGUGUACACAGCCCUAUGGCAACUGGCGCUGGCCCUUGUCUUCAAGAUGUUGAUCACUGUGGUUACCUUUGGCAUGAAGGUCCCUUCUGGCCUCUUCAUCCCCAGUAUGGCUGUGGGGGCGAUAGCAGGCAGACUGCUGGGAGUUGGAAUGGAACAGCUGGCUCUAAACCAUCACGAUUCUGCCAUAUUCAAGAGCUGGUGCUCCCCAGGGGCAGAUUGCAUCACCCCAGGACUGUAUGCUAUGGUGGGAGCUGCUGCUUGUCUCGGCGGUGUGACCCGCAUGACAAUAUCUCUGGUGGUCAUCAUGUUUGAACUGACCGGUGGGCUGGAAUACAUCGUUCCUUUGAUGGCCGCCACGAUGACCUCCAAGUGGGUAGCGGAUGCAUUUGGACGCGAGGGAAUCUAUGAAGCUCACAUUCGACUAAAUGGCUAUCCCUUCCUUGAACCCAAAGAGGAGUAUGGAAGCAAGGCCCUGGCCCAGGACGUGAUGCGCCCCAGGCGGUCGGACCCUCCCCUAGCAGUGCUCACCCAGGAGGGGAUGAGUGUGGGGGAGGUGGAGGCCAUGGUGGCUGACACAGACUACAGCGGCUUCCCAGUUGUCGUCUGCCAGGAGUCUCAGCGACUAGUAGGCUUCAUACUGCGGAGGGACCUGGUCAUAUCGCUAGAGAAUGCCCGUCAGCGUCAGGAGGGAGUGGUCAGUGCCUCGCUGGUGUUCUUCACAGACCAUGUGCCUGCCCAGCCAACCUCCGGACCCCCCGCAGUCAAACUGAGAGGUAUACUGGACCUUAGCCCCUUUACUGUGACAGACCACACCCCCAUGGAAAUAACCGUGGACAUCUUCAGGAAGCUGGGACUCAGGCAGUCUCUGGUCACACAUAACGGGAGGUUGUUGGGAAUCAUUACCAAGAAGGACGUUCUGAAGCAUAUGGCACAGAUGGCCAACAGAGACCCGGACUCCAUUCUCUUCAACUGAUCUUUACCUCCACCCCUGACUAUGGCAAAGUACAGAAACACAGAUUCCAUCCUCUUCACCAUAUCUCCACACCCAUCAUGGGAGUGCUAAAAGUGCACCCGCUCUCAUGGACACAAGACCUCCCCCCUCCUCUCCAUCUCUUUUUUUAAGACACUGCCACACUGCCCUUGCGAACACACUAAAAUGAAAUGGGAGAGGACUGGAGCUGAGGACCUCUCCCAUGAGAUGAAGGCAAGAAGAGGAGUUCGCUCCUGGCACUACGGACACAUUUCUGAAAAGAGGUGGAGGAGAAACGCAGAUUUGUCAAUAUUGGUGACGUAGUGGUACGAAUAAUUGGUGGGUAAACACUGACCGCUUAUAGCAGUGGGAAAAAAGAAAUAAGGGUCACUUUAAUACUUCAUGCAUUUAUUUUCUUUCACCAACCACUACAGCAUUGGUCAGAAUGAUGAUUCACAAAGGAAUAUUGCUCAUACCACUGACACGGACAGGAUGGAAAGAGAAUAGGAAAAAAGAGCAAAGGGGGGAAAGACAAAUUGUUGGUGUGGAGAGGUGGUGGGAAAGUGCUGACUUAAGUGUAAUGGAUACUUGCCACCGUUUAAGAGAAACUUAGAAUGACGCCCCUGGCUAGCUCCAGCCUACCGUCUCUCCAUCUGAGGACAUGCCCAGGCAAAGCACUCUGUUCUGGGCAGAUGGAUGCUUGACCUGAGGGCAAGGAUAUGGUGGGAAAUGAAGGUGCAGACACACAUCCAGCUGUAAACCCCAAUUUGCCUUCUUUAGUAAUCUCUGUGCCUUUUCAAUGCUGUGUUAUUCAGGAGAAAGGACUUUCACAGGUUGAACUAACCCUGUCAAACAUCUGAUUAGUGGGUCGUCUUCAAAGUUACAAAGGUGUUUUAGUCAGCGCAUUAAAGCACAUUGUUGCAGGUAUAGAGAAACACUUGCUUCUCAGCUCUCAAACUAUGCCGUCUGUAAAAUGAAGCAACUACUACUAAGUAGAAAUGAUUAAUCAUGAUAUAAGAAUGGAAAGUACCCAGUGAUCUUGAUGUACGUGGUGUGCAGGACAGAUAGUAGUUCUGAUGGGAUUCAUGAGUCGUUGUCGUGUCCAUUUUGUAAUGCUUCCUAGUCAGAUGUACUGAAUAGGCCCAUAAUCUCAAUGAGAAUGUAUUUUUGAAAUGAUCAUAAAAACAUAUCUUGAGUAGUUGGGUGGAGCCAUGGGUGAUAGACAACACAAUAGAAAAACAUCAGUGUAGAAUUCCCCCCCCCCCCAAGAAAAGAGAAUAUGGUCAGGAGGAAAGCAUAGGUUUACGUCUAGGACUACAUUGUUGCCGGCGUGGGAAAUGGAUGACAACACUCACACACUGUCAGGUCAUUUGAACACAAUGCGGGUUUAAUAGUUACAGGUGACUCUCACAGUCGCAACAGGACAUUCGAGAGCUGAACGGAUACAAUGAGACUUCACAUGGUGAUCACAUUACAGCCCUGCUCCAAUCAACACAUUCCUCAAACACCUACUCAUCGGAAGGUGCGCGCGCACGCUCGUGGGUACGUGCGUGCGUGCGUGCGCCUGCGCGCGCGUGUGUAUCUGUCCUAACCAGAGCCCGCUUUAAACUGUUUCUAGGUUGAAAGAUUCAACAGUAAUGGAAGUUUGCACACUUCUUUCAGGUUCAUAUAGUUGUGUGUUUAACCAUGUCAGUUUAAAGCGGGCUCUGGGACAUAGAGUCGGGACCUGUUUAAAAGCAAUCUUAAUGGUCCUCUAGUCUUUCUCUGAUCCUGAAACCUUUUUUGGAUCGUGUUCUAAAUGGGAUCAGUUCCAGAUCCCAUGUUGAUGCUAAAUAAGAUAGAUUGUUCAGCUGAAUUUAAAACAAAUGGUAAGUGAAUUCUGCCAGACUGUGGUGUAGUUCUCUGAACAUAGCUCUAGCGGCCACUAAUGUCCACUUACACUGACAGAAGGGGCGUUGUACUGGUGUGUUUAUGCUAAUCUUGGCUCAGGGUAUGUGGCUUUAUGGACAGCCUUGUGUUUCUAAUCAACAAUGAGAUCUGACUAUUUCAGAAUUUUUGUCUCAUGUCACAGUUUCAUAUGUAGUGCAAUAUAGGAAUCUGGUGGAAUGUCGGGCACUACAGAGGAAGGAUUGUGCCUUUUGGGACACAAACCUUAUUGAUUGUUAGGUCCUGUUGUCUUCACUAUUCUUUUGGCAGAUUCACAGUUCCCCCAACACCUGUUUCACAGUGUUAUCGCUUUCCUUCAAACAAUGCUUUAAUAUAUUCCAGAAUGGAUUCGCAUCAUAAAAGGAAACAUGCAAUUGUUCCUUUCAGCACCACGGCCUUGCUGCCUCGUCCCAUUUGUUCGCCCAGCCCUGUCCCUUGGUUUUUUUCCUUUCAUUUCAUUUUGUGUUGAUUGAUUAUGUUCACUGGUCAUGGACCCGUUCUGUGAUCCCUUAUUUCACCCACCAGCCUCUCUUGGUCUUUAUCCUUAAACAACCGCUCAGUUUCUGUACCUUCCUUACCAUGUCUCACUCACCAGACUAAACAUUGAAAAAGAUGUUGCAGUAGGCUGAAGGUAUAACCCCUAACACUUGAUCUCUACCUCACUUUGUCUCUCUUUGCCAGUUUCUGUUUCUUUAUUUCUGUUGUCUUGGAACAGGGAAGUGCAAUAAGAAUUAGGGUUGGGUCAGAUUAGAGCCGAUGGGCAGCCAGUUUCUUUCCUUCUCCCGCUGUUGGGGCCACUUCCUCUGCUACUGCCAACCUUUGUGUGAUUGGCUGGGGUUUAAAAAGCCUUAUCGCUGAGACUGUAUUUACAAUGAGCACCUCCAUAGUCCCUACGGGCUUUAUCAACCGUUUAAUGGUUUUUCAUUCUGAACAUGGAAUGCAGCAUUGUGUUCAUGCCCUAUGAGGUAUUCUGAUCUUCUGAGCCCUGCCCAGAAUUCUAGAAGAGUGAAAAUUCCCCCUGAUGUCUAUGUUGUGUGUGUGUGUGUGUGUGUGUGUGUGUGUGUGUGUGUGUGUGUGUGUGUGUGUGUGUGUGUGUGUGUGUGUGUGUGUGUGUGUGUGUGUGUGUGUGUGUGUGUGUGUGUGUGGUACACACGCAAACACAGUUCUCUGGCCCCAGUGGGUCUAUCCAGGAUGUUGUUGGUUUGUUUCCAAGACCUGGCCACAGAUAGUGGGUGUAGGGGACAAGGAGAGGUUAGGGCUCCAGUCCUAGAAAGCUAAUUUCCUGACUACCCCUUAAAACAACACAGACUCGUAAUACAGGGGACAGAUGGGCUGGCCACAAUCUGCAAGUGUGUAUAUGCGCCUGCUCUUCAGGAUGGGAGGUGUUGGAAAAGAGGGAGAUUAAACAAGCGAUUAGUCUUUGUUCAUGCUCUUGAGAAAAUAAUAAACUAGGUAGGGAGAUAAGAGAGAAAUAUAAAGAGAGCGAUUGAGAAAAGAGGGGGAGGACUUAAUCAAACAACCUUCCCUUGUCUAUCCAACCACACCACGCGUGGGGGCGUAGAAAUACAUUUUCGGUGGAUCCAGCAUCAGCGACAUGCCGUGAUUCAACGUUGUGGCGUAUGCAAAUUGUCAGCCUGAAAUGGGAACUCUUAACAAUUAUUUGGGCUGUUUACAAAACAUUAACCAGAAAUGACCUAAACACUCAAAAGUUUUACAACAUGGCCAUAUUCUAUAGCUUACCUCAACACCUCUGGGGAAUUCCAUUUGACCCCACACUAGGCAUAAAUGAUUACAGGCAUGCCUGAUUGCUGGCAAACACACAGCUUAGAUGACUAUCUAGCUAAAGAACAAUUCUACUUUCCAAAGGGGAAAAUCUACACAUCUAUGAGUGCAUUGCUCUGCAUUUAUACCUAUCUACAGUUUCCAAAGAGCUAGUCUUUUCUAUGCUAAUUAUUUCUGCGGUUCUGUCUGGGUUUGAAUAGUGCGCUUGUGUGGCUUUGUCUGUAUUUAACAUUACAUUUCAGUCAUUUAGUAGAUGUUCUUAUUCAGAGCAACUUGCUGUACCCGCCUUUACCUUAUGUCUGUGUAAAACUGAUUCAUAUAUUUGUUUAUUCUUUAGAGAGGUUGGUAUUAGCAAUCACACAUCCCACACUCUGUAUAUUCUUGAGAGAAGCGGGUAGUACUAUGUCAGGGGUUUGAAUGUUAGUUAGAAGAGAGAAAAGACCAAUCAGAGCCCCCAACCCUUCCCAGGCUGUUCUAAUCCUACCAGUCACAGUAGGUGAGGCCUAAAGUUCUCCAUUAACUCAGUGGUGUUUUUUUCAGGAUGAAGAAUAUGAUUAAACAUGAAUCUCUCUGAAAAAUGCUUACAUAACCAACAUGAUAUAAAUGAGGACUUAUCUUUGCACUCUGCACAGCCAUGCACACAUUGUAUGCUUGGUGAUAUUUUAGUUUUUGUUCUCAAAAUAUGUCUGUUAAAUUAAUUCAUGUAUAUUUAUUUUUGCACAAAAAGAAAUGUAUGUCUUGUGAUUAUGUGUCUUAUGAUCAUGGUUAUGUAUUUUUUUUUCUUAUGAAAGAUGCCAGCUAAAUCCAUUAAAUGUCAGUUAUGCAUU